AUCUGAACAGUAAAAAUGAGUGGCAGAGGAAAAGGAGGAAAAGGACUCGGUAAAGGAGGCGCCAAGCGUCACCGUAAAGUUCUCCGUGAUAACAUCCAGGGAAUCACCAAGCCCGCUAUCCGCCGUCUGGCUCGCCGUGGUGGAGUCAAGCGUAUCUCCGGUCUGAUCUACGAGGAGACUCGCGGUGUGUUGAAGGUUUUCCUGGAGAACGUCAUCCGUGAUGCCGUCACCUACACCGAGCACGCCAAGAGAAAGACCGUGACCGCCAUGGAUGUGGUGUAUGCUCUGAAGAGGCAGGGUCGCACUCUGUACGGCUUCGGCGGUAAGAACAGCCUGGAUGUUAGGCAGCACACCGCCCUGAGCGAUGGUCACUCCGCCCAGCAGUUUGUUGAGCUCCUCGUCGUUGCGGACAGCCAGCUGCAGGUGACGGGGGAUGAUACGAGUCUUCUUGUUGUCGCGGGCAGCGUUUCCAGCCAACUCCAGGAUCUCAGCGGUCAGGUACUCCAGCACGGCCGCCAGGUAGACGGGGGCACCGGCUCCAACACGCUCGGCAUAGUUGCCUUUACGCAGCAGCCUGUGGACACGGCCGACGGGGAACUGAAGCCCGGCACGGGAGGAGCGGGUCUUUGCCUUAGCUCUGGCUUUGCCACCGGUUUUCCCUCGGCCACUCAUUUUAAGAGCAGCGUGUCUCCUCACUUUACUACACUUUUCUCCUGUUCAGAGAAAGAAAGAACGAUGGCAAGAACCAAGCAGACCGCUCGUAAAUCCACUGGAGGCAAAGCCCCCAGGAAGCAGCUGGCCACCAAGGCUGCCCGUAAGAGCGCCCCGGCCACCGGCGGCGUGAAGAAGCCUCAUCGUUACAGGCCCGGUACCGUGGCUCUGAGAGAGAUCCGUCGCUACCAGAAAUCCACCGAGCUGCUCAUCCGCAAGCUGCCCUUCCAGCGCCUGGUCAGAGAAAUCGCUCAGGAUUUCAAGACCGACCUGCGCUUCCAGAGCUCCGCUGUCAUGGCUCUGCAGGAGGCCAGCGAGGCUUACCUGGUCGGCCUCUUCGAGGACACCAACCUAGCAGUGGUUUAAAAAAUGAGUGGCAGAGGAAAGGGAGGAAAAGGACUCGGUAAAGGGGCGCCAAGCGUCAACCGUAAAGUCUCCGUGAUAAACAUCCAGGGAAUCACCAAGCCUAUCCGCCGUCUGGCUCGCCGUGGUGGGGUCAAGCGUAUCUCCGGUCUGAUCUACGAGGAGACUCGCGGUGUGUUGAAGGUUUUCCUGGAGAACGUCAUCCGUGAUGCCGACUACACCGAGCACGCAAGAGAAAAGACCGUGACCGCCAUGGAUGUGGUGUAUGCUCUGAAGAGGCAGGGUCGCACUCUGUACGGCUUCGGCGGUUAAAUCCCUAUUCUCCUUCACUAUAAAACCAAAGGUCUUUUAAGGGCCCCCUCACUACUUCCAGAGAGAGUUGGCUUCCUUUCUACCCUUUACCAACCAUUAUCUAGUAGUAUCGCCCUCCCAUAUAAAAGAUUUAAUUUAAGUAGUGCUGUACAUGCACUCAGUUAAACCAUGCAAAUAAAUGUGGUUCCCCAGAAGCUUU